AUGUUCAAGGUUAAUGUCGAUGGAGCCAUUUUCUCGUCACAGAGUGCAAUGGGUAUUGGCGUAAUUAUUCGAGAUGAGGAAGUACGGGUGGAGGCAGCUCUAAGCAAGAAGAUUAUGGCACCUUUGGGAGCAUUAGAGGUAGAAGCUAAAGCUUUUGAGGCAGGACUUCUAUUCGCAAAAGACAUUGGAAUUCAAGAGCUGGUCUUGGAAGGGGACUCCAUUACUAUCUACAGUGCACUCUGUGAAAUAUCAAGCCCACCAUCCUCUGUGGAACCCAUUAUUGUAGGUGUGAACGCACUGUGUAGUGAUUUUAGACGAGUUGAAUUCUCCCAUGUAAGGCGACAAGGAAAUAGUCCAGCACACUUAUUAGCCAAACAUGCUAAAGGAAUUGCUGAUUUUAGUACAUGGAUUAAGGAGAACCCUUACUUCAUUGAGCAAGCUCUUAUCCACGAUGUAAUUGCUUUUUCACAUACGAAAUGA